AUGAGUUUGCAGCAAAAUUAUAUUCAGCGCCUUCACGAACUUUUACGGCAAUCCACAGCUCCAGACACAAAUGCCAUAAAAGCUGCUACUGCCACUCUGAACAAGGACUUCUAUCGUAGCCCUGAUUGCAUACCUGGCCUUUUCGAAAUUGUCGCGACUUCCCCGGAACAGAGCAUCCGUCAAAUCGCGUCCGUCGAACUUCGCAAACGGGUGUCGCAAAAGGAUGGUGCAUUAUGGCUGGCAGUUCCCCAAAAUAUCCGGCACACCAUCAAGUCCAAGUCUCUUGAGAUUGUAAUAAAUGAGCCUGUACCAAUCGUUCGACAUUCUUUCUCCCGCGUCAUCUCUGUCAUUGCGGAACUAGAGUUGGGGGUAAAUCAAUGGCCCGAAUUGCUACCAUGGCUUCAACAGACAACGAGCAGUCCAAGUGUUGUGCAUCGUGAAGUUGGAAUCUUCGUACUGUUUACGUCGCUUGAGACCAUCGUUGAUGCCAACCCCACAAGUCCCAUGAGUUUCAUCCAACACUUUACCACUCUCAUCCAGGAUCCCGAAAGCCUGGAAGUCAGAGUGACCACACUAAGAGCCAUGGGUAUCCUUUCCCAGUAUCUGGAGUCCACGAAUAAGGCUGAAAUCGCUCAAUUCCAAUCCCUCAUUCCAGCCAUGAUGGCAGUCAUUGGGGCGGCAUUGGAGAAGGGUGACACAGACGGUGUGCGACAUGGCGUCGAUGUAUUCGAGACUUUCCUCAUCCUUGAAACGCCUUUAUUAUCGAAACAUAUUCCCCAAUUGGUCGAGUUCUUCACGACUGUUGGUGCGAAUACUACCUACGAUGACGAGGCAAGAAACAUGACUCUUAAUGCUUUGACUUGGGUUAUUCGAUACAAGAAGAGUAAGGUGCAAAGUCUCAAUCUGGCAAGACCCAUUCUUGAGGCACUUCUCCGAAUUGGGUGUGAAGAGGAGCCAGAGGAUCUGGAGGAUGACUCUCCUGCUCGAGUUGCCUACCGUGCCGUUGACUCGUUGGCCACGAAUCUUCCUCCUUCCCAAGUUUUCCAGCCGCUGAUGGAUCUUGUCCAUCAAUACAUCCAAUCACAAGACCCUCGACUACGCAAGUCUGCGUUGACAUGCUUUGGUCUUGCAGUUGAGGGGUGCUCUGAACACAUGAGGCCCCAUAUUCAGAAGAUCUGGCCUCUCAUUGAUGGUGGUUUUCAAGAUCCCGUCCCGCUUGUGCGAAACGCUACAUGUGUUGCGUUUGGGUGCCUUACGGAGUGGCUCGCUGAGGAAUGUGCCGAACGCCAUGCUGCUGUCAUGCCCGCCUUGAUGAGUCUGAUGGAUAAGCCCGAAUCACAAACUGCUGCUUGUACAGCGCUCGAUGCCUACUUGGAAGUCUUGGGAUCUAAGAUUGUUUCAAAUUACAUUUCGCUAAUCAUGGAGCGCCUCUCUGGCCUCCUCAACACACCUCAAACAAGUCUUCGCGUCAAGUCCCUUGUCACAGGCGCCAUCGGAAGUGCGGCUCAUGCUGCCGGUGAGGAACUCUUCCGGCCAUACUUCCAAAGUACCCUCCAGCGUCUCCAGCCUUUCUUCUCUCUUACCGCUGAGGGUGAAGAACAGGAACUCCGUGGCAUUGCUAUGGAUGCUCUUGGAACUAUGGCUGAGGCCAUUGGCAAGGAGAAUUUCCGACCGUAUUUUGCCGACUCGAUGGCCAUUGCCAUGAACGGGGUCACCCUUGGCAGCGCCAGACUCAAGGAAUGCAGCUUUUUAUUCUAUGGUGUUAUCGCUCGUGUUUUCGAGGUGGAGUUCACUCCAUACCUCGAACAUGUUGUACCAGCUUUGCUGGAAAGCUGUCGCCAAACUGAGAGUGGAGAAGACUUUGCCCUUUCGGAGCAAUUCGCUGAUGGAUUCUCCACUGGGGACUCCGGCACACCUGGGGUUGAAUCUACCAUUGAUGUAGAUGAUGAUGACUUCGAUGACGAGAAGGCACUCGCUGUUAACAGCGCUAUUGCUGUCGAGAAGGAAAUCGCUGCUGACACACUCGGAACAAUCUUCACUUAUACCAAGGAGGCGUUCCUUCCAUACCUGGAGCCUGCGACGAAAGAGCUUCUCGAGCUGUUGGAUCAUUAUUAUGAGGGCAUACGCAAAUCAGCCACAACCUCCUUGAUUGAGUUCAUUGAUGUAUUUCAGAGUCUUGCUGGAUUACCCCAAUGGCAGUCGGGUCUUCCGCUUAAAGUCCCUCUCCCGGAGACCGUCAAGCAGCUUAUCGAUACCUCUAUGAAAGCCUUUCUGGAAAUGUGGGAGACUGAAGAUGACAAGUCCGUGGUGUCCAUCUUGUGUAGUAACUUGGCGGAAACCUUGGUCAAAGUUGGGCCUGGUCUUAUCGAUGGAUAUGUGGAUCAGGUCUGCAUUCUCUUGGUCAAGAUUCUAGAGCGCAAAGCAUUGUGCCAGCAGGACCCUGACCAAGACGACGCUGACGAACCUGCAGAUGAGGAGUCUGCCGAGUAUGAGACUGUUCUCAUCGGCGCGGCCUGUGAUUUGGUCGGCGCAAUCGCCGCUGUUCUUGGAUCUGACUUCAGCCCAGCGUUUACGACUUUCUUACCACUAAUGUUGAAAUACUACCAUAAGAACAAAUCGGUCGCUGAGCGGAGCGCAAGCAUUGGCUCCAUUGGCGAAGUCAUUACUGGGCUCAAGGGCGGAGUGACCCCCCAUACUCAGGCCUUGCUAACGGGGAUAGGCAAAGCUUUUGAUGAUACCGAAUCCGAAGUCCGCAGCAACGCUGCCUUUGCUACAGGGGUUCUAAUUGAGUUCACUGAGGCGGACUUGAGUGGCAGCUUCCUUCCGAUCCUCAACAGCCUCCGUCCCAUCUUUUCCAUCCCUCCUGGUUCCCCAGACGCUGCGUUCAAUGCUCGUGACAAUGCCGCCGGAGCCGUUGCUCGGAUGAUUGUCAAAAAUCAUUCAGCUGUCCCUCUUGAUCAAGCAACCGUCCUUCCUGUUCUUGUCGAUUCCCUGCCUCUCCGCACCGACUUGAUAGAGAAUAAAGCGGUGUUCGCCGCUGUUUUCCAUCUGUUCCGUGUCAAUCCCAGUGCGAUCAGCAAUUUCCUCGACAAACUCUUCCCAGUCUUCCAAUACGUCCUCGAUCCUAGCUCAGGGGAGCAAAUCGAGGAGAGCAGUAGAGCGGAACUUCUCCAACUAAUCAGCGCUUUGAAUCAAGAGAUGCCGGAUAGAGUCGCUGCGGCAGGGCUCCGACAUUACAUCUCUUGA